UUGCAGUCAGAUCUUGGUCACAUGAGGACUGGUGGCAUUAUUUAACCAGCCCUCGGGCAGAGGUUCUCCUGUGAACUGGGCUCCUGAAAGGAACAUGGAGGACAAGAUCAUUUUCCUAUCCCGCACCACAACUUUUGCAGCUGCCCACAAACUGAGCAGCAAACUUCUGAGCAAAGAGGAAAACAGGGAGACCUUUGGGAAAUGCAAUCACACCCAUGGACACAACUAUCAAGUGACGGUCACUAUACGUGGAAAGAUUAACCCCAUCAGUGGCAUGCUGAUGAACGUUUACAAGCUACAUGAAUACAUGGAGAUGGCUAUCACUGAACCUCUUGAUCACAAGAAUCUGGACGAGGAUGUGGAUUAUUUUGCCAAUGUCACAAGCUCGACAGAGAAUCUGGCCAUGUACAUCUGGAGCAACCUGGAAAAAAUCCUGCCCACAGGGUGCCUCUACAAAGUGAAGAUCUACGAGUCUGAAAAAAACUUUGUUGUUUUCAAGGGCAACUAAAUCCCAGCCACCCGCACUUGCGAAUGAAAGACGGGGAGCACAGUCUGGCAACCGCAAGAAGACCCCGUCAAGCUCAACUUACCUGCUUCAAGGAACUACAAUAGCUGCUUUUGCUAAGGCGCAUCUCUACAUGUACAAUGCCUGAUGCUUGAUAGCUGGGUGCAGAGCAUUGGGACCUAGUAGGCUGCAAAGCAUGGGGGGGGGGGAAGGGAGGUGAAAUAUCCCUCAUCUUUAUAAGGUUCUGUUACGAGUCUUCUUUAAGACGCCUUUCCUGCACAUUUAACUGGGCAGUCUUAUAAUGCCAGGAUUAUUAACAUGAUAGCUUGAUGGGACAGAGUUUUUGGUGAGGGGUAUUGGAUAAACAAGACUGAACACCAACCAUGUUAAGGACAAUGGAUUUUAUGAAUUCCAAAGGAGCUGGGCAGUCAAUUGAUCAGUCAAUCAGAAUAGAGCUGGCAGGGACCUUGGAGGUCUUCUAGUCCAACCCCCUGCUCAACCCUAUACCAGAGCUGAAAUGCUAUCGGUUCAGGCCAGUUCGCCCACAACCGGUAGUAAAAAAUGCUACUGUUUUGCCAAACUGGUAGUAAAAAAAGUAAAAAAAAAAAAAGUUCCGAGGAUCAGCUGAGCGAUCGCGAUAGUCAGAACUUUUCUUCUUUACUCCGGAACCGAUAGUAAAAAACGCCUUAAAAGUUUUUUUAAAAAAAGGUUCCAACAAUUGCACGCCACAGCUGUGAUCAUCGGAACCUUUUUUUUUACCUUUUUAAAGCAUUUUUUACUGCCGGUUCUACAGAACCGGUAGUAAAAAAUGCUUUAAAAAAAGUUUUUUAAAAAGUUCCCAAGCUCGCGUGCCACAGCUGAUUCCCCCCCCAGGUAUUCUACUUACCUUCCGAAGCCUCCUUUUGGCGCAUACUGCACAUACACAUGUGCAGAGCGCAUUUGGUGUGUACUGCACAUACACACGUGCAGCAUGAGCUUGGCGUGCAGCACGCAUGCACAGCCAGUGAACCGGUAGUAAACCGGUUCAGAUUUCACCACCGCCCUAUACCAGGGGUCUCCACCCUUGGCAACUUUAAGACUUGUGGACUUCAACUCCCAGAAUUCCACAGCCAGCAAAGCUGGGAUUUGGAGUCCACAAGUCUUAAAGUUGCCAAGGUUGGAGACCCCCUGCCCUGUACCAUUUCAGACAGGUGGCUGGCCAAUCUCUUCUUAAAAACCUCUAGUGAAGGAGCAUCCACAACUUCUGGAGGCAAGCUGUUCCACCGGUUAAGUAAUUUCUCCUUAAUCCCAGGUUGCUUCUCUCCUUGAUUAGUUCCUAUCCAUUGUUUCUUGUCUUGCCUUCCGGUGCUUAUUUGGAAAAUAAGUUGACCCCCUACUCUUUUUUGGGGGCAGCCCUUCAAAUAUUGGAAUACUGCUAUCAUGUUACCCCUAGUCCUUCUGUUCUCUAGACUAAACGGGAGGGAGGGAGGGAGGGUGGGGACACCUCUGGACUUAAGGCCAAAAGACCACUUCCCCAGCGUUUCUGCACAUUCACUCCCAUAAUGCAUUAUUUAGCCACACAGCUCUGCCUUGUUACGCAUGGAGAGUCAUGCUCAUAUAUGCACACCCCAUGUCCUGCCUUCCCUUCAUGUUGAUAAUCCUUGCCCGACGCUAGGGGGCUGAGCAGCUUCAUCUCUGUACCAUGCUAAUGAGAUUUUGUUCCAUCUCAGCCUAAAUGGAACGAAGUGAAAGGUUUUCUCUCCCCCAUUUUCUAAAGCAUACACAAUAAAAUGAUUUUACAAAGCAAA